AUUUCAAGACUUCGCAGUACCUACCCUUCGACAAUUUUAACAGUGUCAAUCAAUGGGGUGUUGCAUUAGCAAAUGCAAACGCAAGAGAAAGCACAAGAAAGAAGAGUCCAACAAUCAUAUAGAGGACAAACUGGUAAUUUCACAAGCUCCAAUCUCUCCUAUUCCUCUUCCUCUUCCUCUAUCCUCAUCAACUAAACAACAACAACAACAACAACCUCUCUCUCCUCAUUCUCCCACUUCUUCUUCUUCAAUUUCUUCAUUUUCUUGCACCACAAGCAACAUUAGCAACUCAUGUUCAUUGUCAUCGUUGUCAUCAUCAUCCUCAAUCAUAACCUCGAAGGAGAGAUUGUUCUCCAACGAGUUCUUGUGGUCUUGUGUCAAGGAAAAUCCGCAUGUGAUCCACAUUGAUCCAAGCAAGGGAAGUCUUGAAAAGCUUCAAAAAUUAGAGAAACCAACAACACAAAAUGUAGUGCCAAUGAAGCAUGUUGGCUCAACUCCACAAAAGAGGGCUCGUGCAAUUUCGCCUACUCUUUCACGACAAAAGAGCUUUAGGAGGGAACCAGAGAGGACCAAUUCAAUGUACUCUGUUUCGAGUAGGACUUUGACGUCCCCAUCUCCAAGUCGAAGAUUUAGUAGUGGUGAUAACUACACGGGAGGAUCGAGAAUUGCACCUAAGGAAAGUUGUUGCAAGCGCUCGGUUAUGUCAAAGAGAAAGGAAAAUCUUAGGCCAUUAAGUCCUAACAACAAUUUGAGUAUAAAUCAACCGUGUUUGAUGAAUAGAGAGGCACAUACAUACCGGAUUGGUUCUAAGAUCGAUGAAAUUGCAGUUGGAGAAGUGUUGGAUAAGCAAGAUACCGGUGAUAUCCACAUGGAGGACAUUGAUAAUCCUCUCAUUGCCUUGGACUGUUUCAUCUUUCUGUGAUUUUGGGUGUGAAUGAGUUAAUAUAUAUUGUAAUGUUCAUAAGUUUUUUUUUUUUUUUUUUUUUUUUUUUUUUUUUUUUUUUUUUUAUGUUUGCAUAUCUACGUUGUUGAACAGGUUUGACAGUGAUCACCUAGAUCAAAUUCUUGCAUUUUUUUAAUUGUUAUUGUGGAUUGAGAUUUUAUGUGUAAUUCCAUUUUGUAGCUUCAUUUUCAGUGCAUGCCAUCCAUUUUGUUUUU